AUGUGUGCACUUAUCAAUUGCCAAAGAGCUUCUUCUAAAAAAUCCAAAGCUAAAAUAUUCAAUUAUUUCUGUAAGGAAUUAUCGGAUGUACUUGAAUGUGAUCCUGAUACCAUUGAGAGGACAGAUGUCACUUUUGUUGUUGGUCAGAAUGUUUAUCAUGGAAACCAAAAAACAAUUUCCAUAUUGAGUGAGGAGCUGAAAAAAUGCUUUCAGUCAGAAAGCGAAGACUUCGAUCACAGCUCUACACAUGGUUGCAUACUGAAAGUAACUAGAUCAAAGUCUUCGUCUUCACUCAAGGUGUUUGUUGAUGCAUCUGCGGACAUUUUUGAAGCGGUAUUAAAUUAUAUGCUUACUUUAAAGCUUACUGUGCCCGAAGACCUAAUACCACACGUUUACCAUCUGUCAAAAUGUCUACAGAUCAAAACUUUGGAGACAACGUGCAUCGAGUUUUUAAUUCACAAUUUAUCAAUCAACAGUGUUGGGGUUCUGUGUAGCUUUAUUCAGUUCAGUGGGGUUUAUCAAAAUAGUAAUGAAUUUGCUACAAGUCUCACAUCUUAUUCGCCAGAAAUGUGCUUAACAAAAACAUUACACCACUACUUGUUAACGGAAGCAGAUGCCAUCGCUUGUUCUCAAACAGGAAUUCUUAGUGCUCGUUUGAUAGUAAACCUUACAGGCAAUUUCGAUUCAUCAGAUGAUCAAAAUGGAAUUCAAGAACCUUCCAACGAAUAUUUAGCCGUUGGAGUUUUGCGAUGGGCAUUUGAAAAGUUAUUAACAGGCGAAAGACUGGCAAGGGCGGGAAGUGAAGAUAAUGUUUGUUCGGACGAUGAAGAAAGUGACGGGAAUGGCAGCAGUCAUGCUGUCGGGAACUCUAAUGGAUCACAGCGUAAACGAGCAGGUAGUCAAUUUCAGUUUUUGGCUCAAAAAAAUUUGCUAAAUGGAAUUCGUUCAAAAUGUGGUACAUCAGCUCAGUAUAGCCUCGCUUCAGAUGACAAUGAUGAUAGCGAUGAUUUGAAUUCAGAAACUAAAGCCGAGGAACGUGGCUCAGUUUCAGACACUCUGAAUUCAUUACGAUAUUAUAGUACACAAGAUAUACGAAUUUCGGUCGAUAUAAAUGAUUUACCUUUGAGUAAUGAAGAAAAUGAAAUGAGUAACAUAUCUCAGAAUGGGCAUAGUUUAUUAACUGUUUGUUUAACAACUGGUAAUCAAGAAUCAGAGACUUGUUUACUGGCACCAACAUCUCUUGGAGUUCGAUCAACAUCAAUUUGGUUAGGCAAAUUAGCAGGUUAUUUAGUUAGCCUAUCGAUAAAACGUUGUCCCCCGACACAUCGAUCCAUCCAACAAUUGGAUCAAGAAUUAAUGAAUGAAGUCAAUCAGUCACGAAGUCGUCAUCAAAGUCGUGGUUCAUCUAUUUCGAAUACUUUCAGUAUACCAAAUGAUUUAAACAGUCUAAUUGAAAAUGAAUUUAACGCUGUCAAGUGUUGUGCUGAAAGUGUCUAUCCAGAAUUGCCCGAGUGUACGAGUACCUCUGUACCGAAAUCGGAUAAUGAUGAUGAAGUAACCCGUACAGUAACCGGCAGUUCUGCUUCAAAUUUAGCGCGAGCCAUUGUUGGAUCGUCUUUACUUCGUCAAUCAUUCACUGAUCAAGUCUAUCAAAGUGAAAUUCUCUGCAUUAGUCAUAAUGAUGGUACAGGCCAGGAUUUCCCAUUACAUAUGUUAGAAGCUCGGUCAAGUUUUGGCAUUGGACAAUUGAGUUGUAAUUCAAAGCAUUACAUUGCAAUUAUUGGCGGUUAUAAUCGUAAAGGUUGUUUAGAUAGUAUGGAAUUAUUCGUUGAAAACAAUAGUAAUCAACAGUGUGAAUCAUGUAGCGAUGAAGAUUCACCUGUAUCUCCUCCUAUUAUUGGUCCACGACUGACAAAACAGAGAGGUCGGCUAGCUGUAGUAUCCAGUUAUUUACAAUCAUUUUCUGAUUUUCCUGAUAUAAUUUAUGCUUGUGGUGGUUCGACAGGCUCCAAGGAUUUAGCAUCUGUAGAUAAACUAACAUGUGAGGCACUGGAAUCCUGGCUUAUCAAUCAUGAAAUGGUAACCAAAAGCCAUCAUGAUAACUUUGACGAUCACUUGUAUACAAAUGGCUCUCGGAGAAGUUCUGAUUUCCGUACACGAACAGAUUCAAUAGCAAAUAGUCAUGCGUCUUCAAAUGGAUGUGGUCUAUCAAAUGUUACAUUUUGGCAGACGAUAAAGAGUUUACAUGAAGCUCGAACUAAUCCAGUUGGUGUAGAUCUUAGUGCACUUCAACAAGGACCGCUUAUCACAAAUACAAAGGGAUCAGUACUUGUUGCUGGUGGAGUAUCAGACGCACAGUUUCUAUCUUCUGUUGAAGCCUACAUUCCGGAUAGAGACGAAUGGAUUUAUAUGCCAUCCAUGUUACAAGGUCGUUGUGAAGCAUGUGCUAAUGUUUUGACAUCACGAAAUCUAAUUGUUGUUAUCGGUGGAGUUGUCAAUACAAACACUAUAUAUAAUACUAGUCAAAAUGUAACUGUUGAAGCAUUAGAUCCUCGUUGUGAUACUUGGUUUUAUAUUCCUAAUACAUUAGGCAAUUCAUUCGGACAACUUCGUGGUGCCAGUUUAACAUAUUGUCCGAAUUCUAAAGAUAAUUUGCUAUUAGUUGGUGGAUAUAAUGGUCAUGAAACGUUAGAUACUACAUGGAUAUUUGAUUCAGUUGCUUGGAAAUGGCGUUCAGGACCAAAUUUAAUAUUUGCUCGUUCUAGCUGUUGUACAACAUUGACAUCAGAUCAGCAUUAUAAUUUAGUAUUUGGUGGUUAUAAUCCAUCGAAAUUUAAUACUGGAUUUUCAGAUACAAUUGAAAUGAUUUUCUAA